AUGCCCGACUGGAAAUCACCCGCAGAGCUGCAGAAGGAGGGGUCUGCGUUCGUCAAACUCAUCCAUGUUCUCUUGGGGGUAUACGCAUACGAAUGGUUUCUUUCUUUAAACUUCGAUUUCGGUUUUUUGUUGGGAAAGAGGAAAUUCCGUUGGCCAAUAAUUUUCUACUUCGCGAAUAGAUAUCUCCUUCUUUUUGCGCUGGUAGGGAUCAUUAUUUCCGUGGAUACUACUUCGAAGGUCGAUUGCCAGACCCUAUACACUUUCAACCAAAUUGCAGGCGAUGCUGCAAUUGGGCUAGCAAGCAUCAAUCUUUCGAUCCGAACGAUGGCGAUAUGGUCGCAAAAUAAAUACAUAAUUGGCCUCCUCGUCCUAAUUAUUCUCGGUCACUGGUCCUUAAUCCUACAAGGUAGAUCCGUUGCUACCAAACCCCUGUCUUGUUUUGAGAAUUUUCCUCUGACAGGCAUGCAACUGAAAGUUACUUGGGUCGACGGCGUGGGUUGCGUCCUUACCCAAACGAACAACACCAUCCUCGCCGCCAUCUUCAUCUACUCGAUGUGUUUCGACCUUAUCGUUCUCCUGCUCAACACUUACAAGCUCCUCGGAAUUCACGACAAGGCGAAUCUGUUCGGUCGGAGCCGACUCGCUCGGAUGAUAUUCGAGGAUGGGUUGAUCUUCUUCUUCAUUGCGUUCCUGGCAAACCUCUGCGCAACCGUAUCCAUGCUCCUUAACCUCAACCAGAUCAUGACCGUCAUGUUCAACGUCCCCGCUAUCGUUGCCUCGUCCGUUCGUCACAACCCCGCCCACUAUAUUAACUAUCAAUGUGAACACUCCAUUCAGAUCGUCGCAUGCCGCGCGGUUCGCCGCCUCACAAACUUCACCAACUCAGGUCUGGAAGUCUAUUCAUCGGCUGGAGUCACUGGCAUGGCCGCUACAAGAGAUCUGGCCUCACUUCACUUCAAAAGUGAUGGUGGUGUGAAGUCUGGUGUACAUGUUCAGAUGGAGACGUUCACGCAUAAAGAGGACACCCUGACGUUCGCAAACCAUAAAGGUCAGGGCAGUGAGACGGACGUUGAUCUCGAUGUGGAAGCGGAAGGAAGUUUUUGA